CUUCCGCCUACCCGGCCCUCAUGGCAGCUGUUGGAGCCCUGUUUCGGAGGGUGAGAACCUACGUGAAGACCAAGGAGUUCCGGGACUACCUGACCAGCACGCACUUUUGGGGGCCUGUGGCCAACUGGGGCCUUCCGCUGGCUGCCUUUAACGACAUGAAGGCGCCGCCCGACAUCAUCAGUGGCCGCAUGACGACGGCGCUCUUCUUCUACUCCCUGGCUUUCAUGCGCUUCGCCUACCGCGUGCAGCCUCGAAACUAUCUGCUGAUGGCCUGCCACGGCACCAACGUGGUGGCACAGAGUAUGCAAGGCUCCCGCUUCCUGCGCUACCACUAUGGCGGCGGCGCCGCGGCCACGGCCACGGCCCCCGCCAGCCGCUGCCCUCCGUGCUCGCAGAAGCAAGCCCCGUAG